AUGGUCGGUGUCAUCGAUCCAGCACCCGGAGCGUUCAACGCCCCGGGAAGGCUUCUCGUGACCCAAGUCGAUACUGUUGCAAAGCAUUCUCCGACCAGACGUUUUGGCCUGAUCCCCAAUGGCACCGAAGUUGAACAGGGCUUUCGGGAGAUGACUUUCCGGGAUCUCUCCUGCGCAGUCAAUGCCAUGUCUUGGUGGAUCGACGACACCUUGGGCAAGCCGCAGCCGGGAGAAAGGAUUGCGUAUCUGGGGAAUAAUGAUGUGCGCUACAUCAUCUUUAUGCUUGCGUGCCAUAAGGCAGGCUAUACGUGCACGCAUCUGCUUUUCAGCCAAGAGAAGUUGAAGAUUGCUUCCAGAUUGAGAACCUUGGACUGGAAGAUGAAGUUCCAAGAGGUACCAUCUGUGGCGGACAUCCUCAACAAUAGAAGUGGCACGAAUCACUUCAAAUUCUCCCAGACCUAUGGUGAGGUGGUGGACAAGAUUGCUUUCAUAAUCCAUAGUUCUGGAACAACCGGCAUGCCUAAACCUGUUCCUCUCACCCAUGGCUUCCUGGGUACGAUGGACUUCGGCGCAUUGAUCCCUUUGCCUCCGGGACGGUCUUCGGCAUUCUUCAAUGACCUGGCCUCCGAUGACCCCAGCCACAAGGAACUUGUUCUUUCGUCCACGCCGUAUUUCCACUUGAUGGGGCUGGUCUCGUUCUUUGAAUCCAUCUUUCACAACAUUCCAUUCGUUGCUAGCCCUGAAAGGCUACUUUCCGUGGGGUUCCUGACCGAUCUGAUUCGCCAUACGAAGCCGACAGUGACGAUUCUUCCACCUUCAAUUCUUGAGGACAUGAGUUAUUCUGACGAGGCUCUUGCAUGCCUCGGCACUUUGAAGUUUCUUUGCUAUGGUGGGGCUCCUCUUUCGCCCGAAGUCGGCGCGAAGCUUGCUCGAUACACCCAGUUAAGAUCACCCAUUGGAUCCAGCGAGAUGGGCAUCAUCUGCUCCAUGGUCCCCGAAGGAGAGGACACCUGGGAAUAUUUCGAGUGGAAUCCCUUCUAUCAGAUUGACAUGCAGUCGAUCGGGGACGGGUUAUAUGAGCUGGUCAUACCACGGGUGGAACAUUCUCUCGUGAUGCAUGGAAUCUUUCACACGUUCCCGGAGCUGAAAGAGUAUCGAUCCAAAGAUCUCUACACGCGGCAUCCAACCAACCCCAAGCUCUGGAAGUAUCAUGGGCGCUUUGACGAUGUGAUUGUGCUCAGCAACGGCGAGAAGUUGAAUCCGAUCUCAUUGGAGAAGAUCGUGGAGGGCCACCCUUCGGUUCAUCGGGCUUUGCUUAUCGGCCAACGCAGAUUCCAGACAUGCUUGUUGAUUGAGCCGGACUUUGACAAGGUUGCCACUCCCAUCGAUGAAUAUGAGUUUACCAACAUGAUUUGGCCAGUGGUACAGGAAGCCAACACGACUGUUCCUGAUUACGGCCAGAUCGUGAAAAGCAUGAUCCGCCUCUCAUCACGCGAGAAGCCCUUCAAACUCACCGCCAAAGGUACCACACAACGACAUGCCGUGAACAAAGAUUAUGCCGAGGAGAUCGAGGAGAUUUACGCGGACCAAGAUAAGCAAUUGGUGAUGGACCUGCCACUAACGAUCAACCCGGACACUGUUUGCGGGUUUUUACAGAGCGUCAUCUGCAAACUUACUGGAAGGCAGAACAUCAAAGCCAGUGACGAUCUCUAUAGUAUGGGCCUGGACUCACUUCAGGCGAUCCAGCUGAGCAAGAUCCUCAAGAAUUCGGUCUCCUCCUAUAGUCCGAAAUUGAACACCGACCAUCUCAAUGUUCAGGAAAUCUAUGCACACCCCACUGCAGAGGCACUCACUAAUCUUCUGUUGGAGAUCCUUGACAAACCAUCGAGUCCAAUCGCCACUGUUUCUCGUUCUGUUAAGAUUGCGCAGUUGCUCGCCAAGUAUACGAAUGAUCUCCAUGUUCGGAAGCCUGAUGUCCUCCCUCCACUGCCCGCGCUGUUCACUGUCAUUCUGACUGGAUCCACCGGAUCGUUGGGCAGCUAUAUUCUUGACGACCUACUGCGCAACCCCCAGGUGGCCAAAGUCUACUGUUUCAACCGGAGCGAAGGUUCGCUGGCGCGUCAAAUGGAAGGCUUCCAGGAAAAGGGACUACAGACUGCUUUUCUGAAUGAUCCCAACAAGGUCGAGUUCCUGCACGUUCAAUUCGGUGAACCCCACUUCGGUCUCUCCGACCGACAGUACAACUGCCUCCUCGACACGGUUGACGUGAUCAUCCACAAUGCAUGGAAGGUCAACUUCAACCACCCCGUGUCCUCCUUCGAGGACCCGCAUCUCAAAGGUGUUCAAGAGUUUGUGCGCUUCAGCCAGGAGAGCCGCUACCGGGCCCAUCUCGCUUUCGUCUCCUCAGUCAGCACGAUCGGGGCCUGGAAGCCCAGUGGUGGGGUCACGGCCGUGCCCGAAGUUCCGAUGGAGACGGCGGACGCCACGCUGGAGCAGGGAUACGGCGAGUCCAAGUAUAUCGGGGAGAGCAUCUGCGUGGAGGCAUCGAAGAAGGCGGGCGUGCCGACUAGUAUCCUGCGCGUGGGACAGAUCGCUGGUCCCGACACGCGAUUGGGGGUAUGGAAUCCGCACGAGUGGAUCCCCGCCUUGAUCAAGACAUCCAAGGCGACGGGCAAAGUGCCGUUUGAUCUCGGGGGUUACCCGAUCGACUGGGUCUCAGUGGAUACGCUAGCGAGAAUCGUGAACGAACUCGUCCUCGGCCGCCGCGCUUCGUUCGCGGAGACCCGCCACGCGGUCUUCCAUCUGGUCAAUCCGUCCCGCACCACCUGGGCUUCUCUCGUCCCCGCGAUUCAAGAAAGAUACCCCGUUCAACCGGUGCCUCUCGUCGACUGGGUCGCCGACCUCGAGACCAUCCAGGAUCCAUCCGAUGGCGACGUGCAAGACAAACCCGCGCUGAAGCUGCUGGCCUUCUUCCGUGGCCUGGCGGAUAACGCGGAUGUCUUGUCGGCGGACAUCAGCGUCGACCGCUCGAGGAAGGGGAGUAAAACACUGGCGUCACUCGGUCCAGUGUCACUGGCUCAGAUGGCCAAUUGGUUGAACCAGUGGAACUUUUAG